CAUCAGUAGUCUAGUGGCCCUAGUGAAACGUCAAAUCCUCUACGAACCAAUCACAACCGGCGUGCUGUAAUCGCGUGUCUAAUCGAUUGCUUCAAGUUCCAGCCCCCAUCGGGCUUGCAUGGGCGUGACAAUCCGUCGACGGUGUUCACCAAAUCACAAAUAAAAUAUGACACGAAUUGGGGCCUAGGCGUUAGCAAUGCUUGGAAGGUUUGGGAGGCAAAUUUCUUUUAAGCUUAACCCCUUCUUAUCCUCUUAUCAAAGAAAAUGGCUUUAUGGUAAUUUGAUCUUAUAGCUCUAUGUACCAUAAUUCUGGUUCAAUCGUACUAUUUUUUUGUUACUACCCAGAACAUGCACAUUGAAGAUGCCAGUGAAUCCUGGGCAGUUUAUAUACCCUCCUCCAGAUGGCGUUGCCACACUGGGGUUCAAUUACCUUGACACGGUACUCGUAUCCUGGGAGACGUUGGCACAAAAUGCGACACCAACAUACUUGAGCAUUUUCUACUAUCUUCAGGGGGAUCCGUGGAAACUUGGUUACAAUGUAUCUGUCCCCGUCAAUGGCACCAAGGCUAUCGAGCUCAACCUCCUGAACGAGGCGUACUACGCACAAUUCAAUAUGUUUUACCAACUCGAAGGCGAUGGUGGACUUGGAAAAUACCUUAGCUCAUUCUUCAAUGUGGGCUAUGAUUCGAGUCGCAACCCAGUGACAUGGGGUUCUGUUAUGACUGCGACAUCUAGCGUACCUGUCUCAACAUCUUCGUCUACGUCUUCGUCUACUUCAACAACCACAUCAAUAUCAAAAGCUACCACAUCUAUAACGACAACAGCGGCGACAACCGGGACGACGUUGGCAACAGCCAGGACGACGGUAGCAACAACAUCAGCGGGAGCAACAGAAGGAGGAGCAAAUUUAUCGGCGCAAACCUCGUCACCAACUCCAUCCGCCACACAUUCAUCUUCUGGGGAACUUAGUGGAGGGGCCAUUGCUGGUAUAGUAAUUGGCGCGGUAAUUGCAGUAACAGCAAUUCUCGCUAUAGGAAUCUUCUUCUGGCGGAAGUUAAAAGCUGCGCAAGAUUCACAGAUUGCAUCAGCGAAUGGGCUAAUAGAGGAAAAAAAGGAAAUUGAAUAUAGGCAGCCACCCAUGCCUACAAAUUUCCAAGAGCUAUCAUCAAAUAGACAGACGGUGGAGCUAUCAUCAUCGCGAAUGCUGUCAGAACUGCCAUAAAAGCCCGGACGGCAUUGAUAUGUUUGCGUUUAAAAAAUGGUACUCCUAUAAUACAUGUAUAUCGGUUGCUAAUUAGCGUGUUAUUACUCAUUAAUAUCCCUACAAUGGAAUGCCUCACUUUCUAAUGUGUAAGUCCUGCCAAUUCAAAGCAUUCGAAACCCUCAUCCAAGAAAGGUAGCCUAGCGAAAAUCAGAAAAUUCACA